GCAACGUCACUCCCCUUGGCUGUAUCAGCCACUGUCCGCUGUAUGCGCCCAGCACACCACGACAGAGGACGGCAGGAUCGCACGCAUCCUCAACGCGAAAUGCUUUGCGAAGCGAAUCUAACUCAAGCAAUCCUCCCCGAUUCCGAGCGUUUCGGCGAGGAGGCAUUCACCUGCUCAGGCACACAAGCGGGCUGAAGAACUCCGCGGCGAAGUGGGAAGGUCAUUUAAAGUGCUCGGCGCUUCGGCUAUGGUCCGUGGUGAGGGAAACAGCACAAAGAGCCAACAUCUGUAACUUCGGGAUUUACUUGUAAAGGCGCUUUUACCGGAGCCCGUGGGAUAUUGUGUAAACAUGCCUGUACGAAGAGGUCACGUUGCGCCACAAAACACAUUCCUUGGACUGAUUAUUCGGAAAUUCGAGGGUCAGAACCGGAAAUUUGUGAUAGCCAAUGCCAGGGUGGAGAACUGUGCAAUCAUAUACUGCAACGAUGGCUUCUGCGAGAUGACAGGCUUCUCAAGAUCGGACAUCAUGCAGAAGCCAUGCACCUGUGACUUCCUCCACGGUGGCCUGACCGACAAAGAGGCCAUCGGCCAGGUGGCCCAGGCUAUGCUCGGGUCCGAGGAGCGCAAGGUGGAGAUGACCUACUACCGUAAGGAUGGGUCUGACUUUCAGUGUUACAUUCACAUAAUUCCUGUGAAAAACGAGGAGGGCGUGGUGAUGAUGUUUAUCUUAAAUUUUGAUUACAUUGUGGAUGAGGAAAGUGACAACUCCACAGAGAAGAUAAGCCCAACAUCCCCUACAAAGUCAGAUCAAAGGAGGAGUAGAUUCUUCCGCUUCCGCCAGGCCGCUUUGAGCCUAAUGAAUACCAACAAGCAAUCUCUUCCACAAGAGGACCCAGAUGCUGUGAUGGUGGACUCACCCAAAGAGAAUGAGGACUCAGUGGCCCUGCAGAACUUCCCCUCACCCACAAAGAGCAUCGGCAGUCCCAUUGAGGCCAAUGACACGCAUGGCCUCAUAGGCUCAAGCCACCACGCUUCCCAGGCUAGCAUCGGCCCUGAACCACUUGACCAUUCAUCCCCUAAACUCCCCUGGGAGAAACUGUACCAAACAGAGCCGCACCAAUCCUCGACCACCCUGUCAAACACCUUCCCCAGAGGCAGCAUCAACAGCAUGAGGCGAGCCUCGUCUGUUCAUGAAUUCGAGGGCUACAGCUCCAAUUCUAAAAGCCUUUUCAGGGAUCGUCAAAGUGAAGGCCCUUUUAAUAACGUGACGUCCAGCCUGCUUUGCUCUACCUCUGAUUCUAACAUCAACAAGUAUAGCACCAUCAGCAAGAUCCCUCUGAUUGCACUCAACUUCUCUGAGGGGACUGAAAAGAAGACUCAUUCUCCUCCAGCAUCAGAGGCAACCAUCAUAGCACCAAAGGUCAAAGACAGGACUCACAAUGUCACAGAAAAAGUCACACAGGUCCUGUCACUUGGAGCUGAUGUGUUACCAGAGUACAAACUCCAGACAGCCCGCAUUGACAAGUUCACCAUCUUACACUACAGCCCCUUCAAAGCUGUGUGGGACUGGCUGAUCCUGCUGCUGGUCAUCUACACAGCAAUCCUCACUCCCUAUUCUGCUGCUUUCCUUCUCAAUGACCAAGGGGAGCAGAAGAGGCGUGAAUGUGGAUACUCCUGCAACCCUCUUAAUGUAGUGGAUUUAAUUGUGGACAUCAUGUUCAUCAUUGACAUCCUUAUAAACUUCAGGACCACUUACGUAAACCAGAACGAGGAGGUGGUCAGCGAUCCAGCUAAAAUAGCAAUUCAUUACUUUAAAGGCUGGUUCCUUAUAGACAUGGUGGCAGCAAUCCCCUUUGACCUUCUUAUCUUUGGCUCAGGAUCAGAUGAGACUACCACUCUAAUUGGCCUGCUGAAGACUGCUAGGCUUCUGCGAUUGGUGCGUGUAGCCAGGAAGCUGGACCGCUACUCUGAAUAUGGUGCUGCAGUCCUUAUGCUGCUCAUGUGCAUCUUCGCCCUCAUUGCCCACUGGCUAGCCUGUAUAUGGUAUGCCAUUGGCAACGUCGAGAAGCCCUACCUGGAGCACAAGAUUGGCUGGCUAGACAAUCUGGGCGUGUCCAUAGGAAAGAGAUACAACUACAGCGAUCCUAGCUCUGGUCCCUCUAUUAAGGACAAGUAUGUCACAGCACUUUACUUCACCUUCAGCAGUCUGACUAGUGUGGGCUUUGGAAAUGUUUCUCCAAACACCAACUCAGAGAAGAUCUUUUCCAUCUGUGUCAUGUUGAUUGGCUCGCUCAUGUAUGCCAGUAUUUUUGGGAACGUCUCUGCAAUCAUCCAGAGGUUGUACUCGGGUACGGCCCGCUAUCAUGCACAAAUGUUACGAGUCAAGGAGUUCAUACGCUUUCACCAGAUUCCCAACCCACUGAGACAGAGACUGGAGGAGUACUUCCAACACUCCUGGGCCUACACCAAUGGCAUUGAUAUGAACACGGUGUUAAAAGGUUUUCCUGAGUGCCUGCAGGCGGAUAUCUGCCUUCACCUCAACAAGAAUCUACUUACCAACUGCAAAGCGUUCCAAGGAGCCACCAAAGGCUGCCUGAGGGCCUUGGCCAUGCACUUCAAAACCACUCAUGCUCCUCCUGGAGACACUCUGGUCCACAGUGGUGAUGUGCUCACCGCUCUCUACUUUCUGUCCCGCGGCUCUAUUGAGAUCCUGAAAGAUGACAUUGUGGUAGCCAUCCUCGGAAAAAAUGACAUCUUUGGAGAAAUGAUCCAUGUGUUGGCCAAGCCUGGAAAGUCCAGUGCUGAUGUUCGAGCUCUAAGUUACUGUGAUCUGAGCACCAUUCAGAGAGAAGAUCUCCUGGAGGUGUUAGACAUGUACCCAGAGUUCGCUGACUGCUUCUUCAACAACCUGGAGCUUACCUUCAACCUUAGAGAUGAGUCUGCAAAGCCCUCAAGUUCCCAAGGCUGUGAUUCAGAUGGCGAGGGCACUAAGAGCAUUAAAAGAAGGAUAUCCUUCACACCAGAUCUAUCUGAAGGUGGAAACAAGGAAGUGGUUAAAGACUUGGGGAGGGAGAGGGAGUCUAACUCGUGCCUAAAAAGAUGUUCAGAAGUCCUGGGUCCCUCUCCACCCAGUGCCGCCGUCCAGGACUCAAAUCUUAUUGUCAGAGACAGCUUGGAGAGAAGACAAUCUUUAGAAGAUCUGUGCUGUGAUAAAUGGGCCUGUAAGAAGCCUACGGACUUCCUGGAUGAGUCAGCACAGUUCCAGGACCUGAGGGAGGAAGAUAAUUCUGCCAGCGAAAUCACGUAUGGAGAGGUGGAACAACGCUUAGGUCAGCUUCAACAGCACUUAAACAGGCUGGAGUCUCAGCUGAUGUCAGAUAUUCACACCAUCCUGCAGCUGCUGCAAAGACAGCCGACACUGGGACCUCCAGCCUACAGCACUGUGACUGCCAGCCCAGACUAUCACAGACCUGCCAUGAAGGUUCAGCCAGUUGCUCUGACUGCAAGCCAUUUCUUCAGCCAUCCAGGAACUCAAGUCCCUAACCUCACACUGGCCAGGGCCAUUCAGGAAUCCAAAGACUCUCUGUCGAGCUUGUCCAAUGUGAAUGCACCCAUCGAGGACAGCCUUACAGCGUUGCUUGUACAAAGACAUACAGAGCCACAGCAACAGCAACAACAGCAGCAGACCACAGGGCAUCAACAGUCUGCAUUGAUGCUUCUUCCAACUGAAACCUCUUCCACUUCCUCCUCCUCUUCCUCCCCAGCCCCUUCUGACACCAACCUCAACACUACUGGACUCCACAGACCUGUCUCAGACCCAGAGUUUCCAAGGCCAUAAACCUUCCAGCUGCACGGUGUUCUAAUAUCUGGGUUGUAAUGCUGUAAUUACUAAGUAGCAGCUUUUUUUAUCAGCAUGCUGGCACAGACAUCUGUAUUGUUAAUUUGCAAUGGCUUGAUAAUAGAAGUAAG